AUGUUACCUCGAAAAGGGGACGCUGCGCACCCCGUGGGGGAAAGGGACGCGGGGCCAGGAAACAACGUGAAUGAAUUAGAAGACCGGGACAAAGCGAUCGAAGAGGAAGAAGUAAAGGACCGUGAUGAAGUGAACUCCAACACCGGGGAGGCGGAAACCAGAAUGGACGAAUCGUGCUCGAUGGAUAAUGCAAAGACGCGCCUCAACAGCCCCAUCAGGAAUGUAAAACUGUUUUGCAAAAUGAAGAAGAAGUAUUUAUACCUUAAGCAGAAGGAUUAUCUGUCGUAUAAGUACCAGAGGAGGAAGCGGAAAAAGAGGAGGUGCGGGGAGGGCGUGUUGGACGCCACAUGGAAUGGGAUAAAUCACUUGGCGAGGUCUGGGUACAAAACGUAUGCUAAGGUGAAGGCCCACCUGAAGAGCGCCUUCCCCAACCUGAAUGUUAAGCACUGUCUGUACGUGCUUGUAACGUACCUGCUAAUAAACGUCGCGGUGUUUGUUUUUUCCCUGAUGGUUUAUUUUUUUUUAUAUUUUUAUUUGAUCCCCCAGAAUAAGUAUGUGUACCCGGUGGAGUUUUCCUUCUCCAAAAGUCCCAUAAAGGAGUACUUGCGUCGGCAGCGCUGUCAGUUCGCGAAGGAGUGCGGCUGUGCGGGGGUGGACAGAACGCCGCUUGACCAGGAAAACACUCUGGGCGAGCCGCAUGAAACAUACCUGAACCAUUUAAAGUCGUUCCAAAGCGAAAUUUUAAGCAACAUAAAGAGGAAGGACACAUGCUGUUGCUCGAACAGUUGGAAAAAAACAACAAUGGACACGCAUCCGUUUUGUAGCAAAGGAGAAAAUUAUACGAAUAGGGAACAAUUGCACCACUUUGAUAACGAAAUGGAGUAUGCCUAUUUGCAAAAUAAUAUAUUAACAGGUCAGGUGAAUUUUCAAAAAUGGUCAGGCAAAAAUAAAUCGCACAACGAUCAUAAUUUUGUUCAUUUUUUCAUUCCCUUUUUGAAGAAGAAAGAAAUUAGCAAACUGAAAAUAAAAAAAGGAUACAAAAUCGACAUUGUUUUGAAUCUGUCCUACAUGAACAAUGACUACAACGACAAAUUUAAUUUUAUCCAAUUUCAGACGGAGGUACUUGACACGAAUGGGGAUGUCCUUUUUCGAAACGAAAAGCUACACAUAAACCAUAAAAAUUAUAACUUUAUAAAUAAACUACAUUUAUUUUUUAACACUCCUUUUUAUUUCUUCAACGUUUUUAAUCGGAGAAUAAAGGAGAUAUGCUUAGUUGAUGGAUACCAAUAUGGUCCCCACUUUGGGAAAAUCAACAUUUAUAUGUACCCACCCCUGCAGAUUUAUGAGGCCUAUGUAGUGGUGCUUGUGUACGUCAAUUUUGUUUACUACUACAUAUAUAAUUAUCCCUUUCUCUUUUUUUACGUGUUUGUUUUUGUGUUGAGCGCCUUACUCAUUUUUGUCAACACUGUCCUCUUUGUUUUGGGCGCGCUGUGCUACUACAUGCUCGGCUGA